AUGAGCUGGCUGGACAGGAUCUGGGUUGGAUUCCGCAGCCGAGGGCCGGUAGCGGCAGCGGCGGCGGCGGUGGCGGCCCGGGGACCCGACGGCGACGCCCCCGCGCAUGGCCAGCAGUUCGCUCAGUUCGCCGCUGGUUGCUUCUGGGGGGUGGAGCUCGCCUACCAGCGAGUCCCCGGGGUAACCCGAACUGAGGUGGGCUACAGCCAGGGGAAGACCCACGGGCCGGCAUACGGCGACAUCUGCUCAGGGACGACCGACCACGCAGAGGUGGUGCGCGUUCAAUACGAUCCUUCCCUGUGCAGCUAUGAGUCCCUGCUCGCUGUGUUCUGGGCGCGGCACGAUCCUACAACCCUCAACCGCCAGGUUCGAUCUUCAUCGUCUUCCUUCUCCUCUUCUCUGAUUUUCCUUGCACAGCAAGUUGGGGGAGUGAUGACGGCUCCUGACUUUCCCUCCGUUUCCACAAAAUAUUAUAUGAUAUGGAAGGAUCCUAGUCUAUGGAAGAUCCUUUCCCAGUAUUUGGGGGAGGAGGAAGCUUGCCCAUGGAAGGGCAUCAAUGGAAACUGAAUGAAACCUUCCAGAUUUGGACUGCAGUUUUGCCUGAAAAGACCACCAUCAUGUCGCAACAUCCAGAACCAUCCCACUUUAGAGGAAAACAAAAUCCAACAGUUUCAUGAGAUUUUUAUCUAUGAUCAGUCAAGCCCAUGCACUGGGUUUCUUCAAUACAAUCUUGUUGAUUCUCUCACAAUUGGUAGCACUUAUAAUUUUCAAGUGGGAUGAAAUAGUUUUGUAUAAAAUUUACGCAGAAAAAAUAUUUAAUAAUCUUCACUUCCCGUCCGUACUCCAACCAGUGAUUCAAAAUCUUAUCUUCUCUGAAAAAAAAUCACAGUUCUUUGAAUGCCUUCCAGAACUGCGCACAGUUCCUUGAAGCGUGGAGAGAAUCUAUCAUGGUUGGGGCCAUUGUCAGUUUUCAUGUUCAACGCUUGCGGCUAGGGCUUGGUUGCUCUGGGGUUGGGGAGGUUUGUGAGGUGGCCUGACACGAAAGACCAUCACCACUGCAUUAACAGUCGUGAAAGGUUGCCUCCAUAGCUUUUUCGUCCCUUUAGGGCUCUUCUUCGGUGAUCCAGAACAUGGAAUUACUUAUUUGAGGAAGAAGACUGUAUGAAAUCUAUCCACUUGUGCUUCCCCCUCUGGCCAGAAGCCAGUGUUUUGUCUCCAUGGAUUCACUAUCUUCCUACCUCUCUGUUAUGUUUUAGUUGACACCAUUCCCAUUGAUCAUGUCUGCCUACUUAAAUCGGAAGCAGGCAUCUCCAUGCGUCUAAAUACAGAGAUAAGAAUUCAUGAUUAUUUUACAUUUCUGCAAGCAUUUUUUUUGUCUCCUUUAUAUUGUCUGCACUUGAUUGUAGCUGAGGAGAUCUUUGAAGAUAAUAAAACUACCAGCUUAUCAACUCGUUUGUUCCCAGUCCUGAUUCAGUCUCGAACAUAUGGCUCUCUCUCUCUCUCUCUCUCUCUCUCCCUCUCCUAUUAGCAGCUUAUCAGCGUUUCUGCUUCCUAUUAUCUGCACCUUUUCAAUCUUAGAGAAGAAGAGGUUGGAUGAGAUUUUUCAGCCUAGGGUUCGCAUUUUCUAGGAAAGAAAGGCUCAACUGCUCGGGGCAUGAAUGCUGGAGGACUAAUGAGUGAGAUCUGACCUGACUCUAUUGAAAGAAGGCUUUUUUUGUGAAUUCUUCAUCUACCUCCCUCAAGAACGAAAACAGAAUGCUUUAUAUUCGCUAAGAUCAAAUGAAUGCUCAUGGGAUCUUCUACUGAUGAAGGCUUCUAUUCCUGAAAUGUGGAGGUGGCUGAUUGUCAGUACCAAGAUGCAGAAGAUAUGAUGGCAUCUUCCAUUCCAGCUAUUUCCUGAAAGCUUGGCGAGCUUCAGUUUACAGGACCAAUAGUUCCCCAUAUUUCUCCAGUAGAGAAAAAAGAUGGGCAUUUUUGGUUCGGCCAUAUGCGCAUUUCUCCGAGUAGCUUCCUUGCCCACUCUUCGUGGGUUUUUCUGCCAUGAUUCCAGGCUGAUGGCUCCAUUUCUGCUUUUUCUUGACACCUUGUGAGCUUCAAUUCACAGGACAGGACAGGACAGACAGUUCCGCGUAUUUCUCCAUAUGGGAAAAGAAUUGAGCUUUUUGACUUCAGCCCUAUGCCCAUUUUUCCAAGUAGCUGGUUCACCAGUCUUCCCUCCUGCUGUAUAUCUACUCUUCGAGAUCGCAGCUUCUUCCGCUAUUACAUGGUUUUGAAUUCAAUCAAAAUGGACAUGAGAAUCUCUCUCUCUCUCUCUCUCUCUCUCUCUCUCUUCUCUCUCUCUCUCGCUCGCUCGCUCAUUCACUGCGUUUUGUUGAGCAGGGCAACGACGUGGGGAGCCAGUACCGCUCGGGGAUAUACUUCUACACGGAGGAGCAAGAGAGGGCAGCGCAGGAGUCCAUGAAGGCGCGGCAGAGGACCCUGGAGAGGAAGAUCGUCACGGAGAUUUUGCCGGCGCGGAGGUUCUACCCGGCCGAAGAGCACCAUCAGCGCUAUCUCGAGAAGGGCGGUCGCUUCGGGGCCAAGCAGUCGGCCGCCAAGGGCUGCGCCGACCCCAUACGCUGCUACGGCUAA